AUGGAAAAGCAAACCCACACGGAAGCGCCCCCACCAGAGCAACUGUUUUACUACUCCUCUGCCCAUAAGGUCGUGAUCUGUACCACUUGCCGCUAUGCAGUCCAGUCAGGAGCCAUUGCCCGUCACUUGAAAGAAAUCCAUCACAUCUACCGUGAAAAACGCCACCCAUACAUUAGAUAUACGAGUCGUAUGAAGCUACGGAGGCCCGAAGAAGUCAAACAACCACAAUCAUAUGAAUUCCCUGUCCCUCAUUUGCAUUUGGAGCAGGGGUGGCAAUGUGAAGCUCCGGGCUGUGAUUACCUCUGUAUAUCAAGAAAACGAAUGGAACGGCAUUGGUCGACGGUGCAUAACUGCAAGGGAUAUCCAACAUUCGAUUGGAGUGCCGCGCCUUUACAGACUUUCUUCCGGGGUAAUAUGUUGCGAUACUUUACCUCCCGCGAAUCCCCACACGUCUGGAAGCUGCAAGCCAAGUACAAUCUGGAUACACUUGAUUUUCAGAUUCUGCGACAUUUUUUCCAUUCAACUUAUAAAAGUCUUGUGAUGAAUGACCAAACUGUACAAAUAUGGCUGGAUGUCGUGCCUAGAUUGGCGUUCAAUCAAGAUUUUCUCUUACGCGGAAUGCUGGCGUGCUCAGCUCUCCACCUGGCCCACAAUGAACCUGCGAAGCGUCAGAUAUAUACAAUUCAGGGAUGCUCUCACCAAGACUCAGCCCUUCCCUCUUUUCGCUCCGCAAUUGACCACAUUUCCAGUGAAAAUUGUGAUGCAAUCGUGGCAUUCGCAUACCUGUUGGUGGUAUACUCAUUCGCAACCGACGUUGAAGACCCUAGCAACUCGUUUCUAAUAAUAAAUGAUGAUGUCUAUAGCGGAGGAACAGGGCAACAAAUUAUUCUCCCCCAAUGGCUAUAUUUUAUUCGCGCGCGUUGUUCAAUACUUUACGAUGUCUGGGAUCAAAUCCAGAGUGGCCCAGCUAGCGCCUUAGCAUUCGCAUGGGAAGCCCAGCAUGAUAUGGGCAACGACGAAUUGCCAUUGCUGGACUACUUCCUCUCUAUAGUCCCUGAUGAUGGUUCCUGGACGAAUGAGGUAAUAGCCAUCUAUCAGCGCGCUGCAACUACUUUGGCUGAAUCGUUUUCUUAUUUGGCACGCGCCAAGCGGGAGUCAGAUACCAAUAAUACGUGGAACACAUGCAUUCUGGGGACGUGGCCUGUGCGCUUAGAAUCAGCAUUCGUCACGUUGAUGUUCAGGCAACGGCACCCCGGAACACUGAUUUUGCUAGCCUUCUACUGCAUUAUAUUGAAGGAGCUGGAGAAGUUCUGGUAUUUCCAGGGAAGACCCGCUAGGCUGAUCACGUCCAUUUCCGCAAUGUUAGACAGCAAGUGGCAUCCUUACAUUCAAAAGGCCGUGGAUAAAGUUUUGAUUGCUGGUAUUUAG